GUCAUCUUCACGCGACGCCCACACUGCAACGCGUCGUAGAUGUUUGACUACAGUAAGCAACACAGUUAUUUCACUCGCCAUGGCAACAGAGAUUGUAGAAAAGGCAGUCGAAGAUCCAUUGCAAGCGGGUAAAGUCGGCACCAGAUAUGACCUGGAGAAGGAGACUGAACUUCGGUUUGAGGUGGAAGCCGGAGAGACUGCAGAGCAAGUUGAGCUGGAGCUCCUCACAGGAAUGGCCGAGGUGUUUGGCUCGGAGUUGAACCGAAACAAGAAGUACAUAUUUGGGCCAGGUGCCAAGAUUGCCGUAUUCACCUGGCAAGGCUGCAGCGUGAAUCUGUAUGGCAAGCCAGAGGUGGCUUACGUAUCCAAAGAUACGCCAAUGCUACUCUACCUAAACACACACGCCGCACUGGAACAGAUGAGGAAACAAGCAGAGCGAGACAACGAGAGAGGGCCUCGGGUGAUGGUGGUGGGACCAACAGAUGUAGGCAAGUCAACUGUGUGUCGACUGCUGCUGAGCUACGCUGUGAGAGUGGGCAGGAGGCCCACGCUGGUGGAACUGGAUGUCGGUCAGAGUGGGGUGUCAGUACCUGGGACAGUGGCUGCGCUGUGCAUUGAGCGUCCAGCAGAUGUGGAGGAGGGCUUCUCAGUCCAAGCUCCUUUGGUCUACCACUUCGGCUCAACUACUCCAGGGACCAACAUCAAACUUUACAAUAAGCUGACCUCAUGCCUGGCUGAGGUGUUUUCCCAACGCUGUGAGGUGAACAGGAAGGCCAGUGUUGGGGGCUGUAUCAUCAACACGUGCGGCUGGGUGAAGGGAUCUGGAUACCAGGCUCUGGUCCACUGCGCUUCCGCCUUUGAGGUGGAUGUGGUGCUGGUGCUCGACCACGAGAGGCUGUACAACGAACUCAAACGAGAUCUCCCUCACUUCGUCCGCGUCGUGCUCCUGCCCAAGUCUGGCGGCGUGGUGGAGCGCUCCAAAGAAUGCCGACGGGAGGCUCGGGAUGAGAAGAUCCGGGAGUACUUCUACGGCUUCCGGGGAGUGUCCUUCUACCCCUUUUCAUACGAAGUGCGUUUCUCUGACGUCCGCAUCUAUAAAAUCGGCGCUCCCUCUAUCCCAGACUCGUGCUUGCCACUGGGAAUGUCUCAAGAUGACACACAACUGAAGCUGGUUCCUGUGACACCAGGGAGGGACCUCACCUAUCACGUGCUGAGUGUCAGCAGUGCAGAGGAUGGAGAUGAGGGGGCAAGAAAGGGCAUCGUGGAGAGCCCGGUGUGUGGCUUUAUUGUGGUGACCAAUGUAGACACACAAGCUCAGGUGAUGAAAGUGCUGUCUCCAGCACCAAGACCACUGCCCAGACACACACUGCUCAUUAUGGACAUCCGUUUCAUGGACACUAAAUGAGGAGAGUCGUAGGGGGUUAAAAAACAAACAGCAUGGUUGACCAAAUUAUGAAUGGAUACUAAUUUAUUUUCCAUUUUACAAACCAGAUUGUACAGGUAGCGUGUGCCAUUUUUGAUGUAUUUUAUUAGGCCAUACAUGACAUCUUGAUAGUCUGUUUUAUUGCCUUUUUUCUCAUCUCUUUGGAAAUAAAUUCUU